CGUUUAUUCAAGAAAAAAGUGUCGACAAAGUGCGUGCGAAAAAGGGCUGUUGAAAAUAACAAAAGGCAGAAAAGACAAAAAAGCGAAAAAUUUAUACAAUACUUGUACAAAAUCUCAUAAAACUUGGAAUUUAUUAAUUGAAAUGGGAUCACGUACGGAAUCACGCAUUUACGUUGGCAAUUUACCACCAGAUAUACGGACCAAAGAUAUUCAGGAUUUAUUUCACAAAUUUGGCAAAGUAACAUUUGUCGAUCUAAAGAACCGGCGUGGUCCGCCAUUUGCAUUUGUAGAAUUUGAAGAUGCAAGAGAUGCGGAUGAUGCUGUUAAGGCUAGAGAUGGAUAUGACUAUGAUGGUUACAGAUUAAGAGUUGAAUUUCCCCGAGGUGGUGGUCCUGGCAGUUACCGUGGCAACCGUAAUGAUGGUGGUGGUGGCGGAGGAGGUGGCGGCAGUGGUCGUGGUGGUAGAGAUGGUGCUGGUGGCCGAGGUGGUCGCGGUCCGCCCACAAAACGUUCACAAUUCCGUGUUAUGGUUACGGGUUUGCCACCAUCGGGUUCUUGGCAGGAUUUAAAAGAUCAUAUGCGUGAAGCAGGCGAUGUUUGUUUUGCUGAUACCUAUAAGGAUGGUACUGGUGUUGUAGAGUUUCUGCGUCAUGAAGAUAUGAAAUAUGCCAUUAAAAAGUUGGACGAUUCACGUUUUCGUUCGCAUGAGGGUGAAGUAUCGUAUAUACGUGUACGUGAAGAUUGUGGCGAUGGAGCAGAACGUGGUGGUGGUAUAAGUGGACGUGGAGAUUUUGGUCGUGGCGGCAUGGGUGGUGCCAGAUCACGUUCCCGUUCCUUCUCGCCACGUCCCCGAAGACGUGGUUCACCAACAUAUUCGCCUGUACGCCGUCAAACAUUUUCAAGGUCACGAUCUCGUUCAAACUUUUAAAUAACACAAACAAUAUACAUACAUUUAUUAUGUGAAAAAAGAAACUAACUAAAGAUACAAAAAAAAAAAACGUAAAUUUAACAACUUAAACACUAUUUGGAAGAAAAACAAAAAGAGAAACAAACGUACUUUUAAAACAUUACGAAAACCACAAAAGAGCAAAACAAAUUUAAUACAAAAUCACCAAAAUUUUUAAACAUUUAAAAAACAUUCAUACAAUUUUGCUUCGAAAAGCAAAUGAACAAGAAAAUUUAAAUAUUUUUAAGAUUUUAUUUCUAUUUAUUACAUAUUUCUUUAUUAACAACCAUCACCACCAACAAAUCAAUGGCUUUAUAAAUCUUUUGUGCAUUUUCCAUUUGUAAAGUUUACAAUAAGAAUAUUGUACUUGCAAAAUGCUUGGUUUUUAAUUUGUUUUCUUUUUACUUUUUCCUAUACCAACAUCAUAAUAAACCAGAGUUAAUAUUAAUAAACCCUGCAGAAAAAAAUCAAGGUUGACAAUAUUUCUCAAUAAUUUAGCUCAACUCUUAAAUAGAUUUGUUUUUAAUUAACAUUCCUUGAUUUUCUAACAAUAUAACAAAAUUUUGUUUUGUUAAAAUUAUUUUAUUAUAAAAAUAAACAAAAAAAAAGAAAAAACAUUCAAAAAAGAUAAUUUGAAAACUUAUUUAUCUUGCUAACAAGGAAAGAAACUAACACUAUUAAACUAGUUUAAGCGAAUUAUUUUCCAUUUUUAUAGUUUGUUUAUGUAUUUCUUUCCUUGCUAGUCAACUCACUAUAAUAAUUAUCAACCAUUUUAACAUAUUUUUUAAUUACCAAAAUUAAAACUAUCUAAUAAAUAUGUAUAUUCUUCAUUCACCUAUAAAUUAUGUAUAAAAUAUAUUAAUAAUAUUUUUUUUUCUUAA